AUGCGAGCCAAAUUGGAAGCGCUGAUGCGUUCGAUGAAUUUGCAAGAAGGUUCUUCUUCAGGCAAGGGAAAGAAGGAUAUGAAGGAUCACAAGUUUUGGAGUACUCAACCUGUCCCUAAACAUGAUGAACAAAUCACCACCAUGGGUCCUAUUGAACCUUCCAUACCAGUAGAUCAAGUCAGUAAGGUACCAGCUCCUUUACCUAAAGAAUUUGAAUGGUGUGAAUUGGAUAUGAAUGUUGAAAAAGAUGCCAAGGAAUUAUACGAUCUAUUGACUUUGAAUUACAUUGAAGAUGACGAUGAACAAUUUCGAUUUGAUUAUUCCAUCAGCUUUUUGAAAUGGGCACUUCAACCUCCUAAUUGGCGCAAGGAAUGGCUUGUGGGUGUUCGUGUGGCUUCUAACAAGAAACUCGUGGCUUUCAUUAGUGCUAUUCCCAUCCAAUUACGUACCUUUGAUCAAUCUACCUUAAUGACUGAUAUUAACUUUUUGAAUGUACAUAAGAAACUUCGAUCAAAGCGUUUAGCUCCAGUGAUGAUUCGUGAAAUCACUCGACGUAGUCAUAUUAAUGGUAUUUUCCAAGCUGUCUAUACUGCUGGUGCUAUCUUGCCCAAACCAAUCUCAACCUGUCAAUAUUUCCAUCGUUCAUUGAAUCCUAAAAAGUUGGUAGAAUGUGGUUUUUCAAGAAUCCCUCACAAAUGGACCUUGGCUCGUAUGAUCAAACACUUCAAAGUUCCUGAAAAAACCUCCAUUCCAGGUUUCCGUGAAAUGCAACAAAAGGAUGUCCCUGAAGUCCGUGUGUUGGUCAAUAAGUAUAUGGAACGUUUUGAUUUUGCCCCUGUAUUUGAAACGGAUCAAGAUGUGGAACAUUGGAUCCUUCCUCAUAAGGAAGUCGUGUGGAGUUAUGUCGUGGAAGAUCCUAAGACAAACAAGAUCACCGAUAUGAUAUCAUUCUAUUCAUUACCCAGUUCCGUGAUUGGUAAUCCCAAACAUAAGACUUUGAAUGCUGCCUACUUGUACUAUUAUGCUACAGAUGUUAUCAAUGCAACUGACAAUAGUAAAGAUGAUGAUGAUCAAGAACCUCCCAAGUUAUUAGGUAAACGAUUGAAUGAUUUGGUGGGAGAUGUCUUGGUGAUGGCCAAACGACUCAACUUUGAUGUUAUGAAUGGUUUACAACUGAUGGAUAAUGGUCUUUUCUUACAACAACAAAAAUUCGGUGCUGGUGAUGGUUAUUUGAAUUAUUAUCUUUACAAUUGGCGAUGCCCUGAUGUGGAUGAUAGCAAGGUUGGUUUGGUCAUGCUCUAG